CGAUACUCUAUGCUUCUAAUAUUGCUGGAAGUGAAUUUAAAUUGUUAGUGACAUUUUCUGAGUAAUUUGGGUUGACAGAGUAAGUAUUUGAUGUUGGAGUUAAUUUUUACUGCAUUUUGCUUCGGAAAGACAUGGGAAUUGAGAGUUGAGGACAUUGGGCUGUUAGAAGUUGGAAGCAAGAUCUUAAGCGCCUUGUUUAAAACUUGGCGGGGUUCUCCUCUCUGUCAUUUCAAUCUUCCGCCAAAACCCUAAGCUAAACCCUGCUCUAGAAACAGAAAAAAUCCCUCUCUCCCUCGCAUUCCCAGACUACUUCACAGUUUCUCUUAUGCAAAAUCAUAGAAAUGAAAGCUAUAAGAUCAAUUUACUACGCCCAUAAACACUUCCUUCUCCUUAAUCCCACCAGAAUCCCUAUUUCCAUCUCCUUCCUUUCCCGCCAUUUCCACUUAACCAGCCCCCGGUUCGCUCUAAAUAUCCCUGAAACCGAUGGAACCGACAAAACCCCUCGUGUGUGGACCGUCUACGAGCCACUCACCGGUCAGCUCUCCAUCCGUCGCAGCAAGCAGAAAAGCACUAACCAGGAUAUGGAGUCGGGUUCCGGAGACGAAGAAAAUGCGGAUUUCGAGACUGAGAGGACUUAUGGGAAGGCCAAAAAUGCUAAUUGGAGUAAUGGAACCAAAAUCCAGAAGGGAUUCUCAGGUUUUAACGAUAGGGCUCGUUAUUCUUCCAAGGAUAACACUGAUGGGAUGAGCCGAAAGAAGACGUUUUCGGUUAAUGGGUUGGGACUGGACAUAGUUGGGAAUAAGAAGAAAGGGAAAGGUAAAGUUAGGUGGGUUUGUGAGGAUUGUGGAUACUCAGAUGGACAGUGGUGGGGAGUUUGCCGUUCUUGUGAUCGUUCUGGGACGAUGAAGAGGUUUACGGAAGGAGACACUAAGAACAGAGGCUUAGAAUUUUCGGAAACUGUGUUGCGGUCUUGGCUCCGAAAGGAUGCAGGGGAUGUGGAACCAGUUAGAUUGAUGGAUGUUAACUGUGGGAUUAGGAAGAUGGAUUACCGGAUUCCACUGCUUGGACCCUUUGGUAAUGAAGUUGCUAGGGUGCUUGGUGGUGGCCUUGUUCCAGGUUCAUUGGUUUUGAUUGGUGGUGAUCCUGGCGUUGGAAAGAGUACCUUACUGUUGCAGAUGGCUGCUUUAAUUGCUGAGGGGCAAGACUCAGAUGAACCUGCUUCUGUAGUAUAUGUCUCUGGCGAAGAGAGUGUUGAACAAAUUAGCAGCAGAGCUGAACGUAUGAAGAUUGGAGCAAAUGAACUUUUCCUAUACUCUGGAACGGAUAUUGAGGACAUAUUGGUGAAAAUUCAGCCCCUCUCGCCUCGGGCUCUGAUUGUUGAUUCAAUUCAAACAGUGUAUUUAAAGGAAGUUACUGGAAGUGCUGGAGGUCUCUCACAGGUUAGGGAAUGCACAUCAGCUUUGCUGCGGUUUGCAAAAAAAACCAACAUCCCAGUUCUUUUGGUUGGGCAUGUUACAAAAUCUGGUGAUAUAGCAGGACCUCGUGUCUUGGAGCACAUUGUAGAUGCUGUCUUAUAUCUGGAAGGGGAAAAGUGCUCAUCUCAUCGUUUGCUUCGAUCUGUGAAGAAUCGUUUUGGGUCAACUGACGAGCUUGGAGUAUUUGAAAUGUCGCAAUUGGGACUGCAAGCUGUUUCAAACCCCAGUGAGAUGUUUUUAAGUGAUCAGAACUCAGAUUCAGAGUUUUUAGCUGGACUUGCUGUUGCAGUGAUUAUGGAUGGAUCUCGGGCUUUCCUUAUUGAAAUUCAGGCAUUGUGUGUAUCUAGCUCAACAGUUUCUAGGCAUGUUAAUGGAAUCCAAGCAAGCAGAGCUGACAUGAUUAUCUCCGUUUACAGGUUUUUUUCAGAAGUAUGUAGUUAUAUUAUAUGUCAUAUGCUGUGAUUUCCAGUCUCUUACCUCAAGUGAGGUAGUCAAAUGCUCAUUUUCUCACUGCUAGUCUCAAUGGUCAGGUUUUAGUUUAUUACUUUAAUUGUAAUGCUGAUGGAUCCUGCAGUGAGAUGAUGAGACCAACGUUCAAAUUUUCCGUUACCUCAAGGCUUGGUGAUUGUCCACUUAUUAACAUAUAAGAAAUUGGUCAAUAGUGAAAGUUAAAAGGAUGGUUCCUCAGAAAAGUUCCCUCUUGUAUCUUCAGUGUCAAGCAUUGGUAAAGGUUUUCAUCAGCUUGAAUAAUUAGGUUUUCUUGAAAAGAAAUGUUAAUUAUGAAUGAAAGGUAAGGAAAUAAGUACUCAUUUUGGAAUAUUAGAAUUUUCUGAUUAUGAAUCUCAGAAGCAAAUUAUCUUAUAAUUAAUUUAAUGUACUUUACCAACUUGAGUUACUUGACUUUGCAAUUUUCAUCAUUUUGAUGAAAAAGGCAAUUUGAACAUUGGUAUUUAAGUCAACUCAUAUCAGCAAACUCUACUCUCAUCUUGCGGUGAGUUAGGAAUCAAUCAUUUGCGUGCUUUUACACUUUUUGGUAACACUAGACUUUACUACUUUGCAUUUACAAGGCUACAAUUCUGAAUUGACUGUUUUAAUGUAUUAA